CAUGGCAGCGCGCCGUAGACAGCCUAGGACCCCGUCGCCCUCACGUCCGUCUGGUCCUUGAGCCGGCGGGGACGGCGGAGCAAUGGCCUUGAGACUGCUGAGACUUCUCCCGGCGUCUGCGACCGCGCGGGGCCUCGCGGCCGGAGCCCAGCGCGUGGGACAGAUUCAUACCAGUGUGCAAUGCCAGCUGAAGUAUGGACCUCUCGCCUUAGUUCUUGGUGAUAAGACAACCAAAAAACUGAAUGAGUACAGCCGAGUGAUAACAGUAGAUGGGAACAUAUGCUCUGGGAAGAACAAGCUCGCAAAGGAGAUCGCAGAGAAGCUAGGCAUGAAGCACUUUCCAGAAGCAGGCAUCCAGUACUCAAGCAGCACCACAGGCGAUGGAAAGCCCCUCCCCACGGAAUUUAGUGGCAGCUGUAGCUUAGAGAAAUUUUAUGAUAAUCCCAAAAGCAACGAUGGCAACAGCUACCGCCUGCAGUCCUGGCUGUAUGCCAGCCGCCUCCUACAGUACUCAGACGCCCUGGAACAUCUGUUGAGCACAGGACAAGGUGUGGUCUUGGAGCGCUCCAUCUACAGUGACUUUGUCUUCCUGGAGGCAAUGUACAACCAGGGCUUCAUCCGAAAGGAGUGUGUGGACCACUACAAUGAAAUAAAACGGCUCACUCUCCCAGAGUACCUGCCACCCCAUGUAGUCAUCUAUAUCGAUGUGCCAGUACCAGAGAUACAGAAACGGAUCCAGAAGAAAGGAGAUCCACAUGAAAUGAAGGUCACCUCUGCCUAUCUCCAGGACAUCGAGAAUGCCUACAAGAACACCUUCCUCCCCAAGAUGAGUGAGGAGUGUGAGGUUUUGGUGUACAGUACCUGGGAAUCUGAAGACUCAACCAAGGUGGUAGAGGACAUAGAAUACCUUAAAUACACCAAAGGGCCGUGGCUUGAACAGGAUGACCGUACCUUUCACAACCUGCGGAUGCUGGUUCAGGAUAAGAUGGAUGUGCUGAAUUACACGACUGUUCCUAUCUACCUUCCAGAAAUCACGAUUGGAGCUCACCAGGGUACCCGAAUCUACAACAGCUUCAGAGAGGAUUCACACCUGGGAAAGACCACUGAGGCCUUUUCUCGCCCUUUAGUUAGCCAUAGCACUUCCAGGACUGGGAGAGUCGUCUGGCAGGGAAGAGACAGUUGGCUGGGUUCCAGUUUGAUUUCUCUGAAUCUUGAAACCAAGCUGCCAGGCCGCAAGUACAACCCUGGAUACAAUGAAGAAGUGGGUGACAAGUGGAUCUGGCUGAAGUGAAUGGACCCCUCUGCCUAGCUGUGUCACAGCCAGGAAGAUGUCUGCUCUGCCCAACUCUGAACUCCAGAGCUUUACAAGACAAGACAACAGGAAAAAAAGCAAUGAUCGAGAGAUUGCCUGAAGAAAUGGUCAAAAAAUCCAGUCUUUCCUGUGCCUAGUUAGUUGAUUGAAAGAUUCAACUUCCAUUGAAAAGGUUCUGGAACCUUCCAGUUUUAUUUUGGAAUCAUCUGGGGGAAAAAAAAAAAGCAUGUCUGCUCUGGAAGAGCAGCUCACUGGACGCCCCGUGUCCCCGUGCUGUGUCUUUCAGUCCUCUCAACUUCAAGAAAUAAAUCUGGCUCUAUA